AAAAACAUAUAUUAUAACAAAGUAUGAAAUUCGUUCCAUAAAAAACUUGGUUUUUAUAGUGAACGGUUGUUAUAUAGUGAUGUUGUUAUAGAGAGGUCUAACGGUAUCAUUUUCUCUAAUAUUGGGAUUAUAUAUUAGGCCAAAAGAAAGCCUAGAAAAGUACAGAAGUAACCAACAAAUACACCUCUUUUGCUUGCUAAUGGAGUUUCAGUUUCCAUUCAACUUAACUUUCUUAUUCCUUUUCCUAUCAUUCCUCUUUCUAGUACUAAGUAAAUGGAAAAAAUCAAAAAACUUAAGCAAGAAACUGCCUCCAGGUCCAUGGAAAUUGCCUAUUUUAGGAAGUGUCCAUCACUUGGCAUUGGAAGGUGGACAUCCCCACCAUGCACUUGCAAACUUGGCCAAAAAAUAUGGACCUGAUCUCAUGCACCUUCAACUAGGUGAAAUUUCUACGGUCGUGGUUUCUUCUCUCGACAUGGCGCGAGAGGUACUAAAAACUCAUGACCUCGCUUUUGCAUCGAGGCCUAAACUAUUGGCCCUCGAGAUAAUAUUUUACAAGAGCACAGACAUUGCAUUUAGUGCUUACGGUGAUUACUGGAGACAAAUGCGCAAAGUCGCUGUCUUGGAACUGCUCUCUGCCAAGAACGUUCGGUCCUUUACUUCUAUUAGGCGUGACGAGGCUUCUCGUCUCAUACAAAUUAUCCGGUCAUCGCCAACGGACGAGCCAAUAAAUGUUACUGAAAGGAUCUUAUGGUACGAGAGCUCCAUGACCUGCAAAGCAGCAUUUGGAGAAUUGUUAAAAGACCAAAAAAAGUUCAUUCUAAUAGUAAGGGAAUUGACAGAAUUAUCAGGUGGCUUUAGUGUGGCCGACAUUUUCCCUUCAAUCAAGAUCCUUCAUUUGCUAAGUGGAAUGAAGGGUAGAAUUUUGAAUACUCACAAAAGAGUAGAUGCUAUUGUUGAGGAUGUUAUCAAUGAGCAUAUAAAGAAUCUUGCAAAUGGUAAAGCAGGCAAUGGUGCAUUAGGAGGUGAAGAUCUAGUUGAUGUUCUACUAAGACUAAAGGAAAGUGGGGAACUUCAAAUCCCAAUCACCAAUGACAACAUCAAAGCAGUUAUGAUUGACCUGUUCUCUGCCGGAACAGAAACUUCAUCAACAACAACAAUAUGGGCCAUGACAGAAAUGAUGAGGAACCCAAAAGUGUAUGCAAAGGCACAAGCUGAGGUAAGAGAAGUAUUCAAAGGAAAAGAAACCAUCGACGAGGAUAACAUUGAGGAGUUGAAAUACCUAAAACAAGUUGUUAAAGAAACCUUGAGACUUCACCCUCCGCUCCCUCUCUUGCUUCCAAGAGAGUGUAGGGAGGAAACAAACAUCAAUGGAUACACUAUCCCAUUAAAAACAAGAGUCAUGGUUAAUGCUUGGGCAAUUGGGAGGGAUCCAAAGUAUUGGGAAGACGCGGAACAGUUUAAGCCAGAGAGAUUUGAGCAUGUCUCUGUGGAUUUCAUGGGAAAUAACUUUGAGUAUCUCCCUUUUGGUUCCGGAAGGAGAAUGUGUCCUGGAAUUUCAUUUGGUUUAAUAAAUGUCCACCUUCCACUAGCUAAAUUGCUCUAUCAUUGUGACUGGAAACUCCCUGAUGGUGUCAAACCUGAAGAUUUGGACAUGACUGAGUUUACUGCUAUAACUGCAGCAAGAAAGAGUGAGUUAUACUUGAUUGCUACUCCUUAUCAUCCUUCUCAAGAAUGAUAUUUGAUACAGCAGUGAGGGUCCUGUUCUCUUUUUUUUUUUUUUUUUUUUUUUUUUUUUUUUAUUCAUNUUUUUUUUUUUUUUUUUUUUUUUUUUUUUUUUGGUUCUAUAUGUGUUUCUGCCCUUGUGUGAAUUAUAUAUUUAAUGAUAAACCUCUCCAAUAGCUCCUACCAAUGUCUUUGAGCUUGUUGGAAGCUUGUAAAUAUCAGCUUUCUUAUACUUGUGCAAUAUAUACUUGUGACGUUGAAUAAUAAGUUCAGUUUUAUCAA